UUUUUCUUGCUUGGAAAGAAAACAAGAAAAGAAAAAAACUGAGAAAAGCAAACGCAGCUAUAAAAUUCAGAGUCCGAGAGAGAAGAGAAGUACAUCAAAUCAAAUCUGCAGAGAAAAAUUGAAGACGGGAGAGACUGAGAAGAAGAGAUGCAUCUGUACAAUGAAUGGUUACCGCCGCCUGUAGCGGAGGAGACGAAGAAGGAGAAAGAGUCCUUCGCUCGUGUCGUGCGUAGCGUCAAGGAGUUGCACCGACCUGAUGAUCCUGAGUCUGUUUACGCCACUCUUAAAUGGAUCUCCGUUAUUGAACUCUUUGUUAGAGCGAAAAGUGAAUUGUCCGUGGAAGAUGUUACUGACCUCGUGGAAAUUGGCUUACAAAUUUUUCAUUCAUCUGAGAAUAAGUUGUAUGCACAGGUUAGAUGGGGUAAUGUUUUAGUCAGACUGAUCAACAAGUAUCGUAAGAAGCUGUCUUUGAAAGUUCCGUGGAGGCCCUUGUAUGAUACCUUGAUUCAUGCACAUUUCAGCAGGAGCCCGGGUCCUGAAGGUUGGAGAUUGAGACAACGACACUUUACGGCUGUUACUUCUCUCAUUCGUUCCUGUAGGAGAUUUUUUCCACAAGGGGCUGCAUCGGAGAUAUGGUCCGAAUUCAUGUCUCUUUUGGAGAACCCCUGGCAUAAUUCCUCGUUUGAGGGCUCUGGCUUCGUGGGAUUGUUUCUUCCUACGAACCCCGAAAAUCAGGAUUUCUUCUCUGAAAAAUGGAUAAAAAACUGUCUAGAGCUCUGGGAUUCCAUACCAAAUUGUCAAUUUUGGAAUAGUCAGUGGACUGCUGUGCUAGCUCGUGUGAUAAAAAACUGCAGCUUUAUCGACUGGGAGUCCUAUUUUCCCAUGCUUUUCAGUAGAUUCUUGAAUAUGUUUGAGGUUCCUGUUGCAAAUGGAAGUGGAUCAUAUCCUUUUUCAGUUGAUGUUCCCAGAAACACAAGAUUCUUGUUCUCUAAUAGGACUACUACUCCAUCAAAAUCAAUUGCACAAUCUAUUGUAUACUUUCUGAAACCUGGAAGUUCGGCACAUGAGCAGUUCAAGAAAUUGGUCAACCUCUUAGAACAGUUUAUGGCUGUAUUGGACGAUACUUCUGAUGACUUAUCAUUCAUGACUAUGGCUACCUUCUCUGAGUGGCUGGAUGAAUUUUUGUGUCGUUUGAUCGCUUUGUUACAGCAUUUGGAACCCAGCAGUGUUAUAAAUGAAGGCCUAAGUUCAUCGGCAACAUCAGGAACGUUUUUAGUUGAGGAUGGUCCUUAUUACUAUUGCAUGCUUGAAAUCCUACUUGGAAGACUAUCUGGAUCUCUAUAUAGCCAGGCCUUGAAAAAGAUAUCAAAGUUUGUUCAGACAAAUAUCCUUCCUGGUGCAAUCGCCGAGGUUGGGCUGCUUUGUUGUGCCUGUGUUCAUUCAAACCCCGAAGAAGCAGUUUCUCAAAUUGUUGAACCAAUGCUCCUUGCUGUUAUAUCUUCUUUGAAAGAAAUCCCUGUCACUGGGUAUGGAGGAAAAGGAAGUGCAGAGACCCUUGUUGUCAAUAAGAAAGACAAACAAACACUUUCUCCAGCGCUUGAGGCAGCUAUAGAUUAUCAGCUGAAAGUAUUGUCAGUUGCCAUCACUUAUGGAGGCAGCUCACUUCUUCGGUACAAAGGUCAUUUGAUCGAAGCUAUAUCUUCCGCAUUUAAUUCCUCAUCUUGGAAGGUUAAUGGAGCUGGGGAUCAUCUUCUUCGAUCUCUCCUCGGAAGUUUGAUUCUUUACUAUCCUAUUGACCAGUACAAAUGUUUGUCUCGUCACCCAGCUGCUCCUGCUUUGGAGGAAUGGAUCAGCACCAAAGCUUCUUCUAAGGAUGAGCAGGUGGCACACUCCAGGUGGCAUGUUCCCACCAAAGAGGAAACUCAGUUUGCCAAUGAGCUCUUAUACCUCCAUCUUCAGUCAGCAUUAGAUGAUCUUGUGAGUAUUUGCCAAUCGAACAUCCACUCUGAUGCAGGAGACGAGAAAAUACACCUUAAAGUGACUCUUUUGCGUAUAGAUUCGACAUUGCAAGGUGUUUUGUCUUGCCUACCUGAUUUCAGGCCAUCACCUAGACAUGAUAUGGAUGAAGAUCCGCCGUUCUUUAUUGCUGGAGCAUCAGGUUCAUGUGUUGGCAGUGCUGAAAUACGAGAAAAAACUGCUGAAAUUAUUCAUGCAGCCUGCAAAUACUUGUUAGAGAAAAAGUCAGAUGACAGCAUCUUACUGAUAUUAAUAAUCCGCAUAAUGGAUGCUCUAGGAAAUUAUGGCAGUUUGGAGUAUGAUGAAUGGUCAAAUCACAGGCAGGCUUGGAAACUGGAAUCUACUGCGAUUGUAGAGCCUCCAGCGAACUUUAUUACAGAGUUUCAUUCUAAGGGCAAGAGAAGGCCUAGAUGGGCACUCAUUGACAAGGCGUACAUGCACAACACAUGGAGGUCAUCACAAUCGUCCUAUCAUCUGUUUCGUACAGAUGCGAACUUCUCUCCACCGGAACCCUUGACACUUAUGGUUGAUGAUCUUUUGACCCUGUGUCUGCACAACUAUGAGACUGUUCGCGUGCUUGCUGGAAAGUCUUUGCUGAAACUGUUAAAGAGAUGGCCCCCCUUGCUUUCAAAGUGUAUUCUGUCCCUUACAGAGAACUUGCGAAAUCCGGAUGUACCAGAGCAUGUAGUCCUUGGUUCUUGUGCCAUUCUCUCUUCACAAAGUGUUCUCAAGCAUUUGACGACGGAUCCAAAAUCAUUUUCCUCUUUUCUUCUUGGUGUUCUUUCAAGUUCUCAUCAUGAAUCUAUGAAAUCCCAAAAAGCAAUCAUUGAGCUUUUUGUCAAAUAUAACAUUCACUUUCCGGGGCUGUCUAGAAAUAUACUUCGCUCAUUGGAAAGCCGUGUUGACGGGUCUACUUCCGGAGAUCUUGUAUCUCAGAUCGGCUCCAUGAGUUUUGAUUCUUCUAGCUUGCAUUGGCGGUACAACUUGAUGGCUAACAGAGUGCUCCUUCUGCUAGCUAUGUCCUCUAGGAUUGACCCAAGCUUCUCCUUCAAAAUUCUUGAUGAAACUGCUGGCCACUUCCUCAGAAACUUGAAAAGUCAACUUCCUCAGACAAGAAUACUAGCAAUUUCAGCUUUAAACACGCUACUUAAAGAGUCACCGCAGAAGAUGCAAGGCAAGGAUCAACCUUCUGUGUCUUCACAAGAAAAUGCCAACUCAUCCCUUGAUUUAGCAUUGAGCCAAAUUUUUCAAGAAGAAGGAUUCUUCAGGGAGACUUUUGAAAGUCUUUCGCAUAUCCAUAUUACUGACACUGAUAGUUCCUCUAGAAAUCACGGAAGUUCAUCCUUCCAGAGCAUGGCUGACAAGUCAAUCACUCGUUUCUUUUUCGAAUUUUCGGCUUCAUGGCCAAGAACUCCUAGUUGGAUAUCUUUGUUAGGAAGUGAUAUAUUCGACCCAAGUUUUGCUCGUAUCUUCAAGCGAUUAGCACAAGAAUGUGGAGUGCCUGUGUUGAUGGCACUAAAAAGUCCCUUAGAGGAGUUUUGUAAUGCCAAGGAGAGACCAAAACAGUGCGUUGCUGCUGAAGCAUUAGCAGGUGUACUGCACUCUGAUGUUAAUGGUCUUCUUAGUGAGUGGGAUAGCUGGAUAAUGGUUCAGUUGCAGAAUGUUAUUCUUGGCCAAUCAGUAGAAUCCAUACCAGAGUGGGCUGCAUGCAUACGUUAUGCUGUCACAGGGAAAGGGAAACAAGGAACCAAAAUUCCUGUCAUGAGACAACAAAUUUUGGAUUGUAUAGUGGCACCAUUACCACCAAGUGCGACCACCACUGUUGUUGCAAAGCGGUAUGCUUUUCUUUCAGCUGCUCUGAUAGAACUAUCUCCACCAAAGAUGCCCAUAUCAGAAGUGAAGCUGCAUAUCGUACUUCUUGAUGAGUUGAUCUGUAAUAUGUCCCAUUCCUCGGCACAAAUAAGGGAAGCUAUCGGUGUAAUUCUUUCAGUAUUAUGCUCUAACAUUCGGCUGCGGAUGUCAUAUCAACAAGAAUAUCCAUCUGAAGAAGGGAGAACAGAUGUUGAUAGCCGACUUAAGGAGGAAAAUUGGUUCACGUUGAUUAGUGCACGAGCAUCUGAAGCUGUUACAAACAUUCAACAAGCUAGCAUAUCAGACAGCUUAGACACUUCAGCAGAUGUAGAUAUGGAAAGUGCUCAAUCUAACGGCGAUUCUCUAGAUGAUGUUAAAUGGAUGGAGACGCUCUUCCAUUUCAUUAUCUCAUCUUUUAAAUCGGGGAGGGCUUCGUAUCUGCUCGAUGUAAUUGCAGGAUUCCUCUAUCCAGUGAUAUCCUUACAGGAAACAUCACAUAAAGAUCUGUCAACAUUGGCUAAAGCAACCUUUGAGCUGCUAAAGUGGAGACUUUUCCCAGACUCUCAUCUACAGAAAGUUAUUGGAGUCAUUCUUUCUUCUGCUGAUGACUCUAACUGGCGUAUAAGAUCUUCAACCCUGACAUAUCUGCGAACUUUUAUGUACAGGCAUACUUUCAUCCUCACUAAUGAAGAGAAACAGAAAAUCUGGAAAACCGUGGAAAAGCUCCUUGUUGACAGCCAAGUAGAGGUACGAGAACAUGCUGCAGCAGUUCUAGCAGGCCUCAUGAAAGGAGGAGAUGAAGACUUUGCUGCAGAUUUUCGUGAUAGAUCCUAUGCAGAGGCAAACUCAUUCCAAAAGAGAAGGAACCGGAGGAAAUCAAGUUCAGCCAAGUCUAUUGCGGAGGUGCAUGGAGCAGUUCUUGGUUUGGUAGCUUCAGUUUUGUCUGUUCCUUAUGAUAUGCCCAGCUGGUUGCCUGAUCAUGUGACAUUACUGGCUCGUUUCGCGGGUGAACCUACACCUAUAAAAUCGACUGUGACAAAAGCAGUGGCUGAGUUCCGGCGAACCCAUGCGGACACAUGGAACAUCCAGAAAGACUCUUUCACUGAAGAUCAGCUUGAGAUAUUGGCCGAUACAUCUUCCUCUUCUUCGUACUUUGCUUGAUUUGUGUCGGGGAAUAGAGUGAGUUUCGUCACAAAGACAGUAAUACUACUCUUGUUUAAGGAACCACAUCUCUGUAACUCCACCUUUUAUUGAUUUUUAGUUUUGUGCCCAAUAGAUUAUAACAAUAAACGAAAACUAGACAAGAGUUUUAAAGCACAUAUAUGGGUGACAUAAUCAUCAUUGUGGCAUCGCAACUGCUUUGAAGUUAUAAGAGUUAUACUUUGUUUUUGAA